CAAGAUCUGAAAACUGCUGUUCACAAACGCUGUCCAUCUAAUCUGACUGAGCUGGAGCUGUUUUGCAAAGAAGAGUUUUCCUGCAGAAGUCCAAAUCAAGCUUAAGUGGUAUGAAAAAGAAACACCUGGAGGAACGUUUAGCAGUAACUAAUUAUUUAAAUAAGCAUUAAUUAAGAAGCAGCUUUAGUGAAGGUUACAAGUGUAAUGGUAAGACUGCACUGCUUUGGAACAGGAGUCGCAAGUUUGAUUUCCGCCUGGAGCGUCUAUCUCCAAUAAGAGUCCUAGGCUAGACCCCCAUGCUAACCAAGCCUACUGCAGACAUGAGCGAGGGAGAUAAAUAUGAAGCCAUACUGGCUCGGACAUCGCCUGGAUUAACAAGGCCCGCAUCAGGUGUUAAGAAACCAGGGCACCCUGAUGAGAAGUGGGCUACAGGAACAAGAAGGCAUCAGUGGGCAAGAGACAAAAAUAGGGCGUUGUUGGAAUGCUACUACACAAGUAACCCCAGUAGAAGGGGUUACACGAAUAGGAUUAAGAUUCUUAUGGAAUCUUCAGUACCCAGCAUCCACAUUGAUGGCAAAACAACUAGUAGCUCAUUGAAGAGGUACAACACACAUGCUAUAGCUAGGGGGAGCCAGGACGACAGGUCAGGGGGCAGAUACCACUACCCCCACCCGAAAUUGGGUACCAAGCCUAUGUGAAAUAGAAGGAGGAUUGUUGAGUGAAAGAUAGGAUCAUCGCGAAGCUUGAAACCUGGAUCCUUCAUAGCUGAUUACUGAGACUAACAAGCUGAUCUACACCACGGCAGCACUGAUCAGUGAGAAUCUUGGCUACAAGUUGAACAGCCACAAGGAGCAGUACCCUCCAUGGAGAAGGAGACUACAGGCCACGAUAAAGGUAGCACAGAGGGAGGAUAGCUAACAAUUGGAGCUGCAAAAAGGUGCAAUUAGGAAGGUGCCGAAGAAGAAAGCCAGAACAGAAAGCUGUCCAAAGGCAGCUUUCUAUACUGGCCUUGGAAACUGCCAAGACUAGGCUGACCGACCUGUGCACUGCCUGUAUUGAUUAUGCCUGUAUCCUGGAAUGCCUAGAACUGUACAAGAUCAACAAUACCCUAAGAACCUUCACCAGGAACUCAACAUUGGAGGCCAACUUCAAGCCAAUAGCACAAGUAAACAUCAAGUGUGGGAUCUACCAAGGAGAUGCUCUGUCUGUGCAUUUCUUGUUACUCCUGACAGAACGAUCCGGCCACAAAACACUGACCCGGCAGAUGACUCAGCCACACACUCCAACACUCUGAUCACCAUGAAGAAAUGCUUUCCAGUCUAGUUAGACAGUUCUGUGAGUCCGAGCAAUGGGCAGGCAGGGUGAAAAACACCCUGUCGACCACCCGAGAAACCUUUUUGCAAUGAGUUCCUGUCCCUGGCUAGUGUACCCACACUCUUAGCUUCCGCUUCUCUGCGCUCCCCUCUCCUGAACCAUUUAUACACUGUAAGACCGAAUAGUAAUAGUUUGAUAAAUGAAAUGAGUUCCAACUACUUAAAAACCUGUUAUAAGUUCAUAUACACCUUUACUUUUUUGAGUAGUUUGAACAAGUUUGUUUUUUCAAGUUAUCAGUACUUGAAUAUAUUGAUUGGUUUCUGACAUUGCCCUCAAAUAAUUUGAGUUUUAACACUGACGUCACUUACGUGCCUACGUACGUACGUACGUGCGCCACCUGUUUCUUUAUGAAGUGCUGGCAACCAUCUUGGAUUCCUCGCUUCGAGUGCGAAUGCCCGCUCAUUACUCCAAAAGAACCUUGUGGAGCGUUAAUAUCCGAACAGAAAUAAAAACAUUUGUGAAGGGGUUUUUUUGCGGCAUUGCUUUUGACGCUGGAUAAAGGAGGACGUGCUAUGGUAUGUUACGGACUUUUGAACCGUAACAGAUAACGCUCUGCACUUGGCUAGCUGCAUUUACCGCCUUUGCAGCAUCUUCAGGAGCGCUUUUGCGGUAAGUUUUAUUUUUUCUGAAACUAUAGUUCUCCGUUGUAAUAUGGGUUUUUAUCGUCAUAAAUGUACAACUGUAGCAGGUAUUUAAGAAUUACAUGCAUGCGUUGUUUUAUCCAUGUCGCCUUGGCCCCAAAGUGUUUUGCAUGAAUUAUGGUAAUAAGCUUAUAUUUAGUAUAACACAUUAUUAGUCCCAGCAGAGGCUGGGACUAAUAAUGUGUUAAUAACUUUUCUAAUCUCUUACUAUUUUAAAAGAAGUCUUUAGAAGGUGUUUCUGGAUUUGCAGAUUAUAAACUGCCUUGUGGUUAAAUUGUUGAAUCAAUAUGCACUGCUGCGCUGCUUCACACUUAGCGCAUACAUGGAUAUUGACUUUGGCUAACCCGUUUGCUAACUGGUGGAACUUGAAACUUACGUUUAGUUCUCUGGAGUUGUACAUAUUAAAACUGGGGCAGCAAAAUUGUAGGCACAGGACAUACUUACAAAAGCAGUUAUUAAUCAUUACAUAAUUAGGCUGUAGAACUUGGUUUAAAUUGCAAAUAGUUAUGUAUACUAAGUUGAAAUGUAGAAGCUUCUGAACUGUAAAAUUGUUGUGCCUGGUCUAUUUUAGGUUAGCUUAAGGGUGAAUCCAUCAAUAAUAUAUUUACCAAACAGUUAUUUUUUCGUUUUAUUUUAUUCUGAUGCCCAGUGUUCAUUAGUGAAAGACUUAGGUUUUUUUCUGUCAGGGGCUGGGUCUGUGACCCAGCAUUUUGAGUUUAUUUUGUAUUUUUGCUUUCUUAUGUUAUAUUGAAAUGAGGUGAAGUUCUUGUAUUGUUGUUAAUAUUAGUUAAGGUUUAGUUGAGUUCUGGGCUAGUUAUGUUUCAUCUGUGUCUCCUUGGUUAUGUGUCUUUUCUGUUCUCUGUGUAGUCUGUCUUGUCUUCUGUGUUUUACUGUUAUGUCCAUGCCAGGGCAGAAGUAAAUUUUCUAGGGUGAAGAUGCUCUUCACCUUGACCAGCUAAGACUACAGAUUGUAGAUGAAGUCGAGAAAAGUGAAAAGAAUCCUGUCCUGAUUACAAAGCUGAUGCACACAACUUUGGCCUUGCGAUGCAAAGAGAUCAUCAAUGAUGACCUACCAGUAGGUCAGAUCUUGGAUUGCUGGCCUACUCUGAAAUCCCAGUCCCAGAUCUGUGCAGAAUGCCACAGGAUUACAAACCUCCACCCGAAGAACCACUUUUAUGCUGUGUUGGACCAACAUGCUCCCCGGCUCGAGAGCUUAUUCAGAAAGAAAGCUGUUUGCACAGGGAACGUGUCUGAUGUCCUGUCUCAGCUCUUCAGAAGCUAUAAUCUCCAGGAACAAGCUGAUAUCCAUGCCCAACGUGCUGGUGUGCUUCAUGCCCUCCCUGCCUAUUUGUACGAAGACACCUCUACCUUCAUCAAAACGUGGGAUAUGAUGCAUUCUGAUAGACCAGAUAUUAGUGAAGUGCCACUUGGACUCCUCCUGAUCAGAGACAAUUCCAGUGAUGCAACAUUCUUCUGCCCUGAGAAGACUGCAGUUUUGGUCGAGGGUAACAUGAUCAUUGUUUUCACCACCCUGGCUGAUGCAUUUCUAGUAAUAUUUGGACUGACCUACGGCCUGCACCUAAGCUACCCAAAAUGUUUGGCCAACAUUUUUGACUUUAUUCAGAAAGUUUUGAUGGGUCUGCAGGGUGGGAAGUUGAAGCCCAAAGUGCUGAGUCUUAAAAAUGAUCUUUUGGCAGCAGAAUAAUGUCCAGGAUUCCUACACAGCCCUCGCGUGCCUGUUAAAGCAAGUAAUUCAGUUUAUCAUGUUUCCAAAUCUGGAUAAGUUUU